AAAAAAAACCUAAAUUCUUUGCUUUCCUCCACCCUCCAACACUCAUUGGCUGUCAACCCUAUUAAUUGCCACUGCGCGCCGAUUUACUGUCCGGUGUCCGCAUCUGAAACAACCACACGUCUCUCUGUGUAUUUGUGUUUGUGGAAUUCUUGGUGUGAAAUCCUCGUUCCACAAGAGUGGUGGGUUGUUUUUGUCCAAACCCAAUCACUUGCAUGUGGCUCCCAACUUCUCCUAAUAUUGAAUUAAUUUUUUUUCUUUAGUUUCAAGACUCUAUCACAUCGCAGACCUUCUCCCCCAAUUCCUUCCCUUUUCUGCAGUUUUUUCCUUCUCCCAACAGGAAAAAAGCGGGCAGCUUUUCAUGGGAAAUUUCCACUUACUCUUUUUCUGAUUUAAUUAUCUGGGUGAGGCUAAAUUUGUUGAUUGGAUUCAUUUGUGCUCUUUUUACUUUGUUCUGUGCUGCUGAAAUCAUCAACGUUUGAAUGGGGGACGUAGCGAAGGACUUAACUGCUGGGACUAUUGGGGGGGCGGCACAAUUGAUUGUUGGGCACCCUUUUGACACCAUCAAGGUCAAGCUUCAGAGCCAGCCUGCUCCACAACCUGGCCAGCCUCCUAAAUAUGCAGGUGCAAUGGAUGCUGUCAGGCAGACUUUGGCUGCUGAAGGCCCAAGGGGUUUAUACAAGGGUAUGGGGGCUCCACUUGCUACUGUGGCAGCCUUCAAUGCUGUCCUUUUCACCGUGAGGGGACAAAUGGAGGCAUUGUUGAGAUCUCAACCUGGUGCUCCACUCACCGUUAGCCAGCAGAUUGUUUGUGGGGCAGGAGCUGGAGUUGCUGUUUCUCUCCUUGCUUGCCCUACUGAGUUGAUUAAGUGCAGGCUGCAAGCGCAAAGUGCCUUAGCUGGUUCUGGCCCAGAAGCUGUGGCAGUGAAGUAUGGUGGACCAAUGGACGUGGCCAGGCAUGUUAUCAAAUCUGAAGGUGGUAUGAGGGGUCUUUUCAAGGGCUUGGUACCCACUUUGGGACGUGAGGUUCCAGGAAAUGCUAUUAUGUUUGGUGUCUAUGAAUUACUGAAGCAAUCCUUGGCAGGAGGCCAGGAUACUUCUCAAUUGGGCAGGGGCUCUCUGAUGUUAGCUGGAGGCUUGGCUGGAGGAUCUUUUUGGCUAAUGGUAUACCCUACCGAUGUAGUCAAGAGUGUAAUUCAGGUAGAUGAUUACAGAAAUCCCAAGUUCAGAGGCUCCAUUGACGCUUUUAGAAAGAUCCUGGCAUCGGAGGGUGUCAAAGGCUUGUAUAAGGGUUUUGGCCCUGCUAUGGCCCGAAGCGUGCCUGCAAAUGCAGCAUGUUUCUUGGCAUAUGAAGUCACAAGGUCUAGUUUAGGAUGAUUGAUUUAUCAUUUUGACCACUGUUAUCAUUUUGCUUAUCUCGAAGUCCUCUCUUGCCAUUGAAUGAGAGCUUCUUCGAGUAAUUGUUUAGCAAUAUGAUAACAGUUUAUUUAUCAGAAAAUGAAUAGGCCUUUUAUCCUCACAAAUUUCUGUGAUGAAAGAAACACUUACGACACCAAUAGUUGCAUAUUUUUAUCAUUUACAGCA